UUUAGAGAGCUCAUUUCAGGCUGCCAGCCCCUCAAUGCAGGUCGCACAGUGACACUUGACAACAGGCCCUCAUUGUCGCUUCCAUCCUGGCAUUGGUGCAGCAUCAUGAAAGGUGACACGGAGGACCAGAUGAAGGUGGAGGCCUCCAAUGGACACAGCCGACCGCUGGACCUGGUGGUCAAGGCGGAGGAGGAGGAAAUGAUUGACAGGGGUCAGUGGGGCAGCAAGGUGGAGUUCAUCUUGUCCGUGGCCGGAGAAAUUAUCGGCUUAGGGAACGUCUGGCGUUUUCCUUACCUUUGUUACAAGAACGGAGGAGGCGCCUUCUUCAUCCCGUAUCUCAUCUUCCUGUUUGCUUGCGGGAUCCCCGUCUUCUUCCUGGAGACGGCGCUUGGACAAUACACCAGUGAAGGCGGCAUCACCUGCUGGAGGAAGAUCUGCCCUUUGUUUGAAGGUGUGGGUUAUGCCACCCAGGUGAUCGUGGCCCUGCUGAACGUCUACUACAUCGUCGUGUUAGCCUGGGCCCUCUUCUACCUGUCCAACUCCUUCACCUGGGACUUGCCGUGGGCCUCCUGCAACAACAGCUGGAACACAGCUUCCUGCGUGACGUUUCAGAGGGGCAACGGCUCCGUGGUUCCCGACCAGAACGCCACCUCGCCGGUCAUUGAGUUCUGGGAGCGCAGGGUGUUAAGAAUAUCCUCAGGAAUCCAUCACAUUGGUUCUCUAAACUGGGACUUGGUGAUCUGUCUGGCCGUUGCUUGGGUCAUCUGCUACUUCUGCAUUUGGAAGGGAGUCAAGUCCACUGGCAAGGUGGUUUAUUUCACAGCCACCUUUCCAUAUGCGAUGCUACUGAUCCUGCUGGUGAGAGGGGUCACCCUGCCAGGGGCCUUCCGGGGAAUCCACUUCUACCUCUACCCUGAUGUGGGCCGCCUUGCUGACCCACAGGUGUGGAUGGAUGCCGGGACUCAAAUUUUCUUCUCUUAUGCCAUCUGUCUGGGCUGCCUCACCGCACUGGGAAGUUAUAACAAGUAUAACAACAACUGCUACAGGGACUGUCUGUCGCUGUGCUUCCUCAACAGCGGCACCAGUUUUAUCGCCGGCUUCGCCAUUUUCUCCAUUCUGGGCUUCAUGUCGUACGAACAGAACGUGCCCAUAUCUGAGGUGGCGGAAUCCGGGCCAGGUUUGGCUUUUAUUGCCUAUCCACGUGCCGUGUCCAUGAUGCCUUUCUCUACUUUGUGGGCCUGCUGCUUCUUCAUCAUGAUUGUCUUUUUGGGCCUGGAUAGUCAGUUUGUGUGCGUGGAAAGCCUGGUGACGGCCAUGGUGGACAUGUACCCUUCCACUUUCCGACGUAAACACCGCAGGGAGCUCUUCAUCCUUGCCGUUGCUGUGGUCUCCUUCCUCAUGGGCCUCAUUAUGCUAACCGAGGGAGGAAUGUACAUCUUCCAACUCUUUGACUACUACGCAGCCAGCGGCAUGUGUCUGCUCUUUGUGGCCAUUUUCGAGACGGUUUGCAUCGCGUGGGUUUAUGGCGCGGACAAGUUCUACGACAACAUCGAGGACAUGAUAGGCAGCAGGCCGGGGCCUGUCAUCAAAUACUGCUGGAUGUUCUUCACUCCUGCGACCUGCUUUGGAACUUUUGCCUUCGCUUUGAUCAAGUACUCCCCUCUGAAAUACAACAAUGAAUACGUCUACCCCUGGUGGGGCAACGCCAUCGGCUGGAUGCUCGCUUUGUCCUCCAUGUUGUGCAUUCCUUUAUGGAUGGUCUUUCAACUCUAUUACACACCUGGGACACUGCGACAGCGCCUCGCUGUCCUGACCACGCCCGCCGUCCCUACACGCCAGUCCCGGCAGGAGCAGGAGAAGUUGUUGGACUGCGGCCAUGAUCACCUCCAGCUGAAGGCCAAGGACGGCUACCUGCGCGUGGACGACAAGGAGUCCCACUGCUAGACUUGCCAACGGGGAGGUCAAAUGCAAUACCUCAAGGGGGCCACAGACUUUUGGGGGCUGACCAGUUACUGUACUUACUGUACUGUGCCUUUAACACGCGGCGGGAUACCACCCACUUUCAUUGUCUGCUUUCUAAGGAAGCAUUUUGUAUCUUAUUUUUACUCCCAAAAAGCUUCCUCAUCUUGUUGACAACAGGACUGAUUAACAAUGAUAACAAUGUUAAUAAACACUCACUUCUUUAACUAUUCAAGUCUUUCACUCCUGAAGGUUCAUUUGAAGUGUUCUCCUGAGACGUGUAGAAGUGCCGACUCAACACCAGGUCAAUGAAGAGAACUUUGUUGGAGGCUUCACCUUUUACUUUGGACAUUUCUUCAGAGACAAGAUGGAGAAAAACUGAAAAGAACAAAGAGACACAAAUUAUUAUAGCCUCUGUACAUAUUUGUCUGCAAUGACAUACAAAAUGGAACUGUAAUGUCCCAACAUGUCCAGCAGAGGGAGACUCCCGUAUCUGCCUGAAUGACGUGAACACAUUGUAUCUAAUUUGACAAUUCUAUUCAACAUAUCGGAAAUAUUACACUUUUUUAACGUGUCUGACAUUUUUUAACUUGUUAAAGACAACUUACGGCAUUGCUUUGUGUAGGGUGGCAACAAAAAUGACUACAGAAGACCGCGACAUGUACAACUUGCUUUCGGACGAACACCGGAAGUGAAACCAACAGGAAGUCAUUUAGCGGAAGUGACGUUAUCUAACUGCUGUUUACCGUUUAUAGCAAAAUAAAUAUAAACAACUUUAGCUCCAAAUGGGAUAUGAUAGGGAUGGAUCGUUAUUGUCAUUGCAGCAAGUACAACAAAACUUUGUUAAACAAUUUGAAAAACUUAUUUGGGUUUUACCAUUUAGUGGUCAAUUGUACGGAAUAUGUCCUGUGCUGCGCAAUCUACUAAUAAAAGUUUCAUUUAAUCAUUCAAACCCGUUCAAGAUGAGACAAACUAACACUGUACAAGAGUGAUCCCCAACCACUGGGCCUCAGAAUAAUUUUAUAUAUAUAUA